AACGCAUGCGUGUAAGUAACGCGCAUGCGCAGUGCGUACUGUCUACAAAAGGGGAGAAAGCAGAUGAGCAUGGCAGUGGGUACAAUGUCACUGGAGAGAUGUCGGAGUGAAUGGGAAGAAAUAGAGAAAGAAUGUCAACAGCUGCAGGAGACACAUAAGGUGUACCGGCAGAAGCUGGAUGAACUCACAAACCUGCAGGCGAUCUGCAGCAGUGCCAUAUGCAAGCAGAGGAAGGGCCUUAAAGAGCUCGGGCUCACACUUCGUCAAUGUGCAAAAACAUGUGACGACAAAGAGUCUCUGGCUAUAAAUCGCCUACAGUCGCAGAUUAAAGAGAAGCAGAAUGUCUUCUUCGACAUGGAAGCCUACUUGCCAAAGAAGAAUGGGUUGUACUUAAACCUGGUUCUUGGAAAUGUGAACGUAACACUACUCAGCAACCAGGCAAAGUUUGCUUAUAAGGACGAGUAUGAGAAGUUUAAGCUCUUCAUGACCAUAAUACUGCUGCUGGGUGCCAUCACAUGCCUCUUCCUGCUGAACUACCGCGUUAUAGAUGAAAUCUUCAAUUUUUUAUUGGUGUGGUAUUACUGUACGCUGACCAUCAGGGAAAGCAUUCUCAUCAACAACGGCUCCAGAAUUAAAGGCUGGUGGGUUUUGCAUCACUACGUCUCCACUUUUCUCUCAGGUGUCAUGCUUACCUGGCCUGAGGGUGUGAUAUAUCAGACAUUUAGGAGUCAGUUCCUGGCCUUUUCCAUCUAUCAGAGUUUUGUGCAGUUUCUGCAGUAUUAUUAUCAGAGCGGGUGUCUGUAUCGGCUGCGUGCUUUAGGGGAGAGAAAUCAACUGGAUCUGACAGUAGAGGGUUUCCAGUCAUGGAUGUGGAGAGGGCUGACCUUCCUGCUGCCAUUCCUGUUCUUUGGACAUUUUUGGCAGCUGUACAACGCAGUGACUCUGUUUAAACUUGCUGCACAAGAUGACUGUAAAGAAUGGCAGGUUUUCAUGCUGGCGCUGGCGUUCCUCGUGUUGUUCCUCGGGAAUUUCCUCACCACGCUGAAGGUGGUCCAUCAGAAGGUACAGAAAAACAACCAGGAGGAGGAGGAGCAAAAGAAAAACUAAGAAGAAAGUACGCUUCCUUUGGGUCACCUCAGGGUGGUUGCCAUGGCAACAUCCCCUUCACUACAGAGACUGCGUGCUAAAGGAGAGUGAGCAGCGGCGUCUCAAUCCUCCAUGUACUGUUAGGCGAUUUCCGGCAGCGUUAGGCAACAGACAUUUCAGCGAUUUUACACGGAGGUCAAACUUUUUUUUUUUUUUUUUUUAUUGUGGUCAGUGUGAAUGUUUACACGUGAGCUUGCUGCUGGAGACGCACACGUGACCAGCGAUUCUCAAAAGGGACAGGGGAGGAAAAGAGAUCUCAGAUGUGCUAUUAAUUAAACAAGGCUGAAUUAAAAA